AAAGUUCAAAGUCCAUCAAUUAUCUAUUGAUAUAUAUUUUUUUAAAAAUAAGCUGUAGCCAAUUAUUCAGGAGGGAAAAGGAUGUUCAGGGUACAUGUGAAAACACUUGCAACCAAAUGCACUCGUCUACACCAAGUGAAACAGGUGGCAAACCAGACCUUUAGAAAUGGACCUCGGGCUGUUUACAGUACAAGCCCUGGGUCAGACUGGGAGUAUCUACAACGGAGUGUUAUACCAACUGACUACUUUCAAGAUAGUCUACCUCGGUUAGCCGUUCCCAAACUAGAGGCAAGUUGUGAUAAUUAUCUGGAGUCUCAGCAGGUCAUUCUUACACAGAAAGAAUGGGAAGAUACACAAGAUCGUACCAUCAAAUUCAUGGCAGAAGAUGGAAAGUAUUUGCAACAACAGCUACGGAAAUUGGACCAGAGAAACAAACAUACGAGCUAUGUUUCCAAACCAUGGUUUGACAUGUACCUUAAAUCUCGUCUUCCUAUUGUAUUGAACUUCAAUCCGUUCAUGUCCUUUGUUGAUGAUCCUAAGCCCGAAUAUCGUACCCAGUUAUUAAGAUCAACAAACAUGAUCAUAUCUUCUUUACGAUUUCUUAAAUCGUUGAGCGAGAAUAUUUUGGAACCUGACGUUUACCAUCUGAAACCUGAACAAACCAAAAAUGAAAAAUUUGAUAACUUUUGCAGAAAAAUGCCAAAAAGAUUUGCCUGGCAUGGAGCAUUGUUGCACAGUAGAAAAAGUGCAUUUCCAUUGGAUAUGAGUCAAUAUGGACGCCUUUUCAACUCAACGCGAAUUCCCAAAGAGGGUAAAGAUGAGUUCCUAACAGUUCCAGAUGCCAGACACAUGUUGGUGAUAAGAAAUGGUCACUUUUAUGUGUUUGAUGUAUUGAAUGAUGAAGAUCAUAUCAAGAGCCCGGAUAAGAUAAUGGCUCACAUCCAAUAUAUUCUUCAAGAUAAUCGUCCUCCUCCCGAGUUCCCUAUUGGCUACUUCACAGCCGAGAACCGUGACAAAUGGGCAGCUUACCGUGAACAACUACUAGCCACUGGUAAUGGUGCUGCCCUGAACAAAAUUGACACUGCCUUAUUUGCCUUAUGUUUGGAUGACGAGAACUCGGUCGAACCUAACGAUGUCACAAGACGGUUCCUUCAUGGCGAUGGCAUGAACAGGUGGUUUGACAAGAGCUUCAGUUUGAUUAUGACCCCAGACUCUAGGGCUUGUGUAAAUUUUGAGCAUGCCUGGGGAGAUGGUGUCGCAGUGAUGCGAUAUUUUAAUGAAGUCUUCAAGGAUUCUACAGAAAACCCAUUCGUACAUCCUUCAACUCCGAUCCCAGAUGCUGGUUCUGAUGGUGCUGUACAGAGACUUGAGUUUGAGCUUGACACAACACUUAAGGAAGGGGUCCAGAAUGCCAAGGCUAACUUUGAUGCUCUUAUUGGAUCACUUGACCUACACCAUCUGGAGUAUGACACCUACACCAAGGACUUUGUCAAAGCUAAGAAGAUUAGUCCAGACUCCCUCAUGCAGCUUGCCAUACAGAUGGCAUAUUACAGGCAAAACAGGAAGUUUGUUGCCACAUAUGAGUCCUGCAGCACAGCUGCCUACAAACAUGGCCGCACAGAGACUUUGCGAUCAGCUACAAUGGCUACCAAGAAAGCUACAGAGAUGAUUGUUGAUCGAGGCAACAAGGAGAGCCCUAUGGACCUCUACAAAGCUUUAGUUGAUUGUUCUUGGACACAUGGGGAUCUCACAAAGAAGGCUGCUAUGGGGCAGGGAUUUGACCGUCACCUUUUUGCACUAAGGACACUUGCUGAGGAAGAGAAUUUUUUCCCUCAUAAGAUAUUUACAGACCCAAACUAUCAGAAGAUCAAUCACAUCAUCCUUUCUACCUCUACUCUCUCCAGUCCAGCAGUCGUUAUCGGAGGAUUCGCCCCAGUCACCCCAGAUGGAUUUGGUAUAGGAUAUUCCAUUGAGAGUAAUAGAAUUGGAUUUAACGUCACCAGUUACCCACCAGCAACAAAUGUACGAGAAUUCAUUGACUGUUUACGAGUAAGUCUUGAUGACUUACACGAUGUAAUGAUGAAGACCAGUCCGAGAAGUUCCUCAUGAAUAUAACUUUUAACAUAGAUGUCCUGCUGAGUGUUGAUGAUUUUGUGUUGAAAUUAUUCAGAAAAUUCAUACAGAACAGAAGUGUUGCUACAGAUGUCUUGUGAUCGUUCAUGAUGAUCUUCAUGGAUAUAACUGUUACCAUUGAUAUCCUGUUAAAUAUUCAUUACCAUAUUUGGAUGGCUGAUGAAUAUUGAUAUCUUUAAUGAAUAUUCAUAUCUUUUUAAAUAUUCAUGAUCAUGGUGGGAUGACUGAUGAAUAUUAAUAUUUCCAGUGAAUAUUCAUGUUAAUUUAAGUUUAAAUAAAUGUGGUUAGAAGUAUAUUCUUAAUAGUGUUGGACUUGACUUGUGGGAUAAAGCAGUCAGAUAUACUUUAUAAGGUGUGCUUGAAAGAAAAAAAAUGUGGUUUUUUUUUUAUAGAAAAAAAUGAAGGUAGGAAACUGAAAAACCUUUUUUUAAUUUAAUUUCAACAAUUGAUUUAAAAAAAAACCAAGUGAUUGUUGAUGCAUUCGUCUUGAUUUGAAAAGUGAUUUCUUGGCCACAGAUGGUUGAAUCCUGAACUCAUACUUGUGGUUUGAAUAUGUUCUGCUGAACUCACCUAAAAAAGUUUUUUUUGUGUUUUUUGUUUUUGUUUUGUCAUUGAUAAUGUAUUGUGCAAUUGAAGUGUUAGCGAUACAAUUUGAACAUAAACGCUGGAAUUCUGUUACGACGAGUCAAAAUUAGGUAUGCCUUUAUGAAACAUUUUCAUGACUUCAUAGCAAUUGAUUGCAGUGUGCCAUAUCUGGUUAUCUUAGUUUUCAAAAUGGGUCAGACUUUCAAUCACAACCAUAUUUCAAACUUCUUGAAAAAUUCUGGCAAAUAUUUCUAAUAUAUACUAUUUUGAUACGGCAUAUCCUCAUAAUGAAGCGAUUGAAAUGAAUAUUUGUGUAAGUAAUCUGUAAUGCUGUUCUCUUUUCUUAUUCCAUUUUGACAACUUUCAGUAUGACUGUUUUGUACAUGUAUGUUAGUGUAUAUAGAAAGACCUAUGUACCAGAAUAGAAAUUUAAACUGUGAUAUUACCUGUAAUUCUACAUACUGUUGAGAAACAAAUAGGAACAUUUAUUCGUUGUGAAGAUAUUUUUUGUCUUCUUAUCAACGUUUAAAAAAAUGACUUUGAAUGUUCUUACAAAUGGGGAAAUUGCGGUACAUAUACCUAUUAAUAAAGUGCUCUGUUGAAUA